AUACGGCAACUCGUAAUAGUAAAUGGAAAUUUACCGAUUUCCUUUAUCCUUCUAGAAAGGUCUGCGCUCUGCAAUGGCUCCGAAAUACGAUUUCUACCAGACGGAACAGAAAGUCGUCGUCGACAUUUUGCUGAAAAAUGCAAAAGACAAAAACUACCAGCUAACAAUUGACGAGCAAGAUGUCCAUUUGACGGCCGACGAUGGAAUUGAUCUCACUAUUCGGCUCUUCAAACCUAUCAACAAAGCAACUUCGACGCACAAAGCCUCACCCAGCAAGAUCGAGGUCAUCCUGAUGAAGCUCAUUGGCGAGCAAUGGCCUCAGUUGGAACGCGAAAAGGACGUGAAACCCGUAACGACUCCGGCACGCAAACAACCAAAGGACUGGGACAAGUUGGCGAAAGAGGUGGAGAAGACGGAGGAAGAGGAACGACAAGGAGAGGCUGCCUUAAAUGCACUCUUCCAGAAAAUCUACGCGGACAGCAACGAGGAAACGCGUCGUGCGAUGAACAAGUCAUUUAUGGAAUCGGGCGGCACAGUUCUCAGCACCAAUUGGAAAGAAGUGGGCGAGAAGCCAGUUGAGGUGAAGCCGCCAGAUGGUUGUGAAUACAAGACGUUUGACAAAUGAUCGAGCUGCUUCUCCGCCUGAUGUAAAUCUUAAUUACUCAUAGAUUUUAUAUUUCAAAAUGCUGCGUAAAUAUAUUUAAUUACUUUUUUUCGUGAAA